GGCGCGCAGCCGCGUCCUCCCCUGCUCGUCGCCCGUGGAGCCCGGGCCGCGCCGUCGCCGCCAUUCGAGGGCAUGCGGCACCCGCCGGGGCCCCCCGCUCCCGGGCUCGGCUGCGCGGGCGCGCGUGAGCGGAUGUUCUGUCCUUCUCCACCAUGAAUGAGUGUCACUACGAUAAGCAGAUGGACUAUUUUUAUAACAGGAGCAACACAGUCACUGCCGAUGAAUGGACAGGAACAAAGCUUGUGAUUGUCUUGUGCUUUGGCACGUUUUUCUGCUUGUUCAUUUUUUUUUCCAAUUCUCUGGUCAUCGCGGCGGUGAUCAAAAACAGAAAGUUUCACUUCCCCUUCUACUACCUGUUGGCUAACCUGGCUGCUGCAGAUUUCUUUGCUGGAAUCGCCUAUGUAUUCCUGAUGUUUAACACUGGCCCGGUUUCCAAAACGCUGACUGUCAACCGUUGGUUUCUCCGCCAGGGACUCCUGGACACUAGCUUAACCGCCUCCCUGACCAACCUGCUGGUCAUAGCUGUGGAGCGCCACAUGUCCAUAAUGCGCAUGCGGGUCCACAGCAACCUGACCAAAAAGAGGGUGACGCUGCUCAUUUUGUCCAUCUGGGCCAUUGCCAUCUUUAUGGGGGCAGUGCCCACACUGGGCUGGAAUUGCCUUUGUGAUAUCUCCACCUGCUCAUCCCUGGCCCCCAUUUACAGCAGGAGUUACCUCAUUUUCUGGACUGUAUCCAACCUGGUGGCCUUUUCCAUCAUGGUUGCAGUGUACCUGCGGAUCUACAUGUAUGUCAAGAGGAAAACCAAUGUCUUGUCUCCACAUGUGAGUGGGUCCAUCAGCCGCCGAAAGACACCCAUGAAGCUAAUGAAGACCGUGAUGACUGUCCUAGGGGCCUUCGUGGUAUGCUGGACCCCAGGGCUGGUGGUUCUGCUCCUCGACGGCCUGAACUGCACACAGUGUGGCGUGCAGCACGUGAAGAGGUGGUUCCUCCUGCUGGCGCUGCUCAACUCUGCCAUGAACCCUAUCAUCUACUCCUACAAGGAUGAGGACAUGUACAGCACCAUGAAGAAGAUGAUUUGCUGCUUCUCUCAGGAGACCAACCCGGAGAGGCACCCCUCCCGCCUGCCAUCCACGGUCCUCAGCAGGAGUGACACCGGCAGCCAGUAUAUGGAGGACAGCAUCACCCAAGGCACGGGCUGUGACAAGAGCAAGAGCAGCUCCUGAGCUGUG